ACACACACACACACACACACACACACACACACACGCGCGCGCGCGCGAGCACGGGGAGGGAGAACACUAGCCGACUACGAAAUCGUGCCAAAUGUAUAGUAGUGACGGACACCGACUGUAGCACAGCAGCUCAGGGAAGGAUAGAAAUAUUCCUGUCGCAAAACAACACACAUAUUAAAGCAGCGCAUCGACUGUGAAGUAGAGAAAGACGGAAGGAAACAGGGUUUUACGGGGAGUUUCGAAGCGACUGUUUCUCUUGCACUGAAUAAAGAGAUCAAAAUCGGCAAAAUAGAGCACAUAACGUUCAAGAUGCCUCGGGUGGUCCCGGAUCAGAGGAGCAAGUUUGAAAACGAGGAGUUCUUCAGGAAGCUGAGCCGCGAGUGCGAGAUAAAAUACACCGGGUUCCGAGACCGACCCCAUGAGGAGAGACAAGCCCGCUUUCAGAACGCGUGUCGGGACGGACGCUCAGAAAUAGCUUUUGUGGCGACCGGCACCAAUCUCUCGCUGCAGUUCUUCCCCGCCAACCUGCAUGGUGAGCAAAGGCAGAUGCCCAGCCGAGAGUAUGUGGACUUCGAGAGAGAGUCAGGAAAGGUGUACCUGAAGGCCCCUAUGAUCUUAAAUGGAGUGUGUGUCAUUUGGAGAGGCUGGAUUGAUGUGCAGCGUCUGGAUGGGAUGGGCUGUUUGGAAUAUGAUGAAGAACGAGCACAGCAUGAGGAUGCUCUUGCUCAGGCUGCCUUUGAGGAGGCUCGCAGGAGGACUCGUGAUUUUGAGGACCGGGAUCGUUCACACCGUGAGGACCUUGAGGACCCUGUGGCAUCAAAAAUCUGGGACUGAUGGCAUUCACGGACCAGGCCCAGGCGACAGCAGGACCCCAGCCCUGGCUCCAACAUGGGCAACACUGACGAUCACAAGAUGCGCUAAUGGCAAUCAACAAUCCAGUGGGCAGGGAAAGGGUGACACCAUCUUCAUCACCACAACAAUCUCACAACUCCAUCGCCCCAAAUAAUUACACAAGAGACCAAAGUCCACAUGGGGGGUGGGGGAGGGUUUCAUAGCACUCCCUGGUUAAAAUGUUCUCACAGGGUAUAUGAUGGUUUGGGUUGGUAUUAAUCUGGUUAUGGGGGAUAUGUUGUAUUUAAUUAUUUGCCUCUCCCACUCCCCUGUUCCUUCUUGGGGUUUUGCACUAUUAAAUAGUUUCAAAUAAGUUCCCAUGAUGCCUUUCAGUAAGUGUUCCUACCUACAUUUUCUUUCAUCCCCUAUGCAAGUUAUCUUAUUUUAAUUUUUGGCACUAUUGUAAUGAAAUGGCAUUCUUAUUCUUUUUUAUUCAUAUUUGUUCGUGUGAAAGUCAAAAUGUUUACUUUUUUAUUUUCUGUAUAAUAUAACUUGUGUGUCCUCAUGCUUUUGUAGGAGAAACCAGCAAAUGUUGCUAGUUACUUAUAGUUUGUGCUGGUUUGGGUAGGGAAAAACCGAGAAAGUGAAAGAAGCUGCUGAACUUGUUGACAAGGAAGGCUUAUCAUUUGUCAUCAUCUCCCACGCUCUCAGCGUCUUCCACGCUUUUCUUGUUUGUGUACAUCAAAACACACUCUGAAAGCUCCCGAGCAGCAGGAAGCACAUAUUAAGGUCAACGCUCUCCUAUUGGCUUCCAGCUUAUAUUGUUCCAUUUUGUCGUGUUUUUCAUGUUUGCACCAGUUCAGGAUCUUUUUUCUGUGCUUUGUCAGAAAAUGUAGGCUAGCUUUCCCUCCUAACUGGUGCUGCUUGUUUGAACUCACUCCAGCAAAUAUGAUCAAAAUAUGCAACAUUACCUUUUUCACACCAUGACAAAAUAUUUUAAGAAAGCUAAAUAUCUAAAUGUUUUUGCUCUGUUUUCUUUAUGAUUUUGGUCCUUUGGGCUUCUGGAGCUCUUGUGAAACGAUUGAAUGAUGAAUGAAUGAUUUACUCAAAGAAGAUGAAAAUUGGUGUCAUUAAUAAGAAAAGAAAAUCAUUCACAGCUGAAAAAAGCUGAAAGUCAUGUUUGAAAUUAUGAUAUUUUUUUCCUAAAGAAAAUACUAAUAGCCAUAAACAACAACAACAACAAAAAAUAUUUUAAAUUAUAUAUUUUUUUUAAGUUUUGUGUAUUUAGUGUUGUAGUGGGUUAUGUGUAAGUAAGCUCAUGCUUUUCACCAAAAUAUUCAUGUUAAGGCUUUUAUACAUUACUAGUCUAAUGUGAUGUUCCUAAAAUGGUUGAAGCCUUAAAGAACAUAAUAAACAAAACUUAGUGGCCAUAAUGAAUAGUGCUUUAUAAAGGACUGAGAGACGCAACGCAGGCUCAGUGCGCUACCGCCAACCCCAAUGCACCAUGCUUAAAUUCUGUUCCGUGUUUUCUUUCUUCUACUCUGUGUAUUCAGCCAUGCCACUCCUGAUGUAAUUUAUUACUAAGUUAUUCUAUUACUUAGACUACAUCUAAGAUCUGUGCUAUUAGUAUGAGCUGGGUCAAAAGUAAUCUUUGUAAUCUUAGUAAACCUGGGAAUAAUGUUAUCGCAUCACUGUUUUUGGGGAAAUAAAUAGUUAUUUGUAGGUUUAAAAGGAAACUCGAACAAGUUCAGGUACGGCACAGUAACACGGAGAUGAUCGAGUCAAUCAUGAAUCAUUUCUAAGAUUUUCAUAAAUUUAUUUGACUUUAAGAAUGAAAUUGCAGCUCUGCAUUACCUCGUGGAAAUGAUGCUGGUAGAAGCUCAUUCCUGCUCAAAAAUGUUGUACCCAAGAUGUCUCUUAAAUUGGUUUUAUAAAAAAUGUAGCCUAUUAAUCAAGCCUAGCCUACCUCCAGCUACAACCAAAAAAGAUUCAAGGCAAGAUACAGUACAUAUACAGUGUGCAGAAAUCAUCCAUGUUAAGGAUGUUUCCGCUUGACUUCUGCUUCACCAAAUGAUCAGACAGCUGGUUACUUUGAAGGUCUCUUUUUUGUUUCAUACAGUUCAGCAAAUUUAGUGGUCAGUCUCUCUGCCAUGUCCAACAGGAAAUAGGAAACCCUCUCACACUCCCUCUGUCCCCCCUGCCAGGUGUGUCUUGUGUUGUGUGUCAAAAUCUGCCAUUGCUGCACCUCAUAACAUUCUGAGAUUAUGCAUCAACCUUUUACUUAAUGCUGGCAUUAAGACAAGAUACACACCAGGGAAUGGAUUUUCACACAUUUCUUUUUUUUUUUUUUUUUUAAUAAAUGGUUUAUUUUCUUAAUUGUCGUUUAAGUUAUUGAUGGAGGAUUGCCUUUUCAUUUUCAGGUCAUGCUAUGAAGAAUUAAGAAAUUCUGUUUUUGUUGCUUACUUUGAUCCUUAAUUCCAUCAGGGCUUAAGGAUGCUUUUUCUAUGUUAUAUGGUUUAAGCUUUCCCCCCAUUUUUAAACCGGGAGGACUGUUAACUGAAGUGUUAUGUUUGACUUGUUUCUAAAUAAACUUUUUACAAACAUUA